AUGGUUGCAGAUAUUAGAAGCAAGAUGAGUGUUUUUGUUGCUAGGUUGUCCUGUCUGUCCAGCAAAGACAGCAGGGCAGCUAUGCUAAUUGAGGACAUGUAUAUAGAAAGGUUGAUGGUCUAUGUGCAGCAAGUUGAAGAGGAGAAGCUGAGGGAUAGGGAGGAAUUUAGAAACAAGAAGGCUAAGACAGAGAAUGAGUCCGGGAGGCAGAGAAAUAAUGUGAACCAAUCUUCUUUCCAACAAAAGAAAAACAUUCAUGCUCCAUCAUCUGUUAGUGCACUUGCACUCAGAAACAAAGAGUGCCCUAAGAAUCAACAAGGUAAUGGGAAUCAGAGCAAUAAGGCCCAAUCUUCAUCAGUUGCUCCACUAGACAAGGCUGCACCUAGAGUAUCUACUUUCGGUACUGGCAGAGAAGCAAACCGCUUUUAUGCGAUCACUAGUCGUCAAAAGCAAGAUAAUUCUCCAUAUAUUGUCACUGAUGAUCUAUUUGAAGUCCCUCUUGAGAGAAGAAUAAACUUCGAUAUAGACAUUCUUCCAGAUACUCCUCCUAUAUCUAUUUCUCCAUAUAGAAUGGAUCCAGAAGAGUUGAAAGCUCUCCUUGAUAAGGACUUUAUUUGA